AGAAUCGAUUGGAAAUGGCUCUCAUGGUCAAACUUAAGCUACCGAAUCGUGUCCAGCCGGAUGUACUACCACCACCUGGUAUGUGUGGCACCCACACCAACAAAUUGCACUACAUCAAAAAGUAUCUGCUGGAUGAAUUGCCCACGAAACCAUUUGCCCCUGACUUUAUGCAGCCCGUGGACACGGAGGUUCUGCAGGUGCCCACGUAUUACACCAUCAUCCAAUGUCCCAUGGACGUGGGCACCAUCAUCAAGAGGGUUCAAAAUCGAUUCUAUCACGGCGUGGAUGAGCUGAUCAUUGAUUUCAGGCAGGUGAUAAGCAACUGCUACAAAUUCAAUCGCCCCAAUGACACAGUCUAUCGCAAUGGCCAAAAGCUGGAGAAGUUCUUUCUGAAGAUUCUCUCGCAAAUGCCCGAGGGGGACGAGAUUCCCAGCUACAAGGAUCCCCGAGCGCCACGUAGUCCCCCCGAGGAAGAGAAGGCUUCGGCAGUCACGGAGCAACAAUGUCGAGAGGAUCUAAAGAAGCUGCAGAACGAAUACGUCGAGGGGGUGGAUGGGGAGUUGCGGGACUUCUUCAAGGACAAAUGGACAGCACUGUCCAAGAAGCUGAGCAAGCAUCAGUUCAAGUCUGUCGAGGAAUUCCAUCUGCACAUCGAUGGCAUCUUCCUGCAGUACAAGAAUCAGGCCAAGCGAAUAUACGAGAAUACAUUUUACGAGUCCCUGGAUAACAUCUCCUAUCAACCUGUUAAUAAGGAACUCAAUGAACUGCUCUACGAGACGAAGAAGGCGGAGGGCAGCUUAAGGGAGCCUUACAACUCCCAUUCCAAGUGGCAGGAUACUCUGGUGAAUGGACUCGAUGCUACAAUCGAAAGACUGCGAAACAAUCUCGACACAUGUCGCCUUAAUGAAGAGGAGAAAUCCGCCGGAGGGGAGGGAAGCAAGAAGAAACCGAAGAUGCGGACAAAGGUCCGCGGAGAGGAUCGUCCUCAGAAGCUAAACACACUGAUGAAUACCCUUGAGCCCAAUUCACCUGAUAACAAGGACACGGAAAUCGAAAAUUUCAGUGAGGUGGAACGGCGAGCCAUCCAGCAACAGUUUGUAAUGCUCCCCCUGAACUCCAAGAUCGAAAUAAUGCACAUCAUCGCACAGACUGAGGAUAUCAAUACAGAGAACUGUGACCUACAGUGGUUCGACAUCAAGAACUUUGGCGUUGAGACAUUGCAUCUAAUGAAGAAGGCAAUGCAUCCGCAUACCAAGCUCAAUCUGCGGAAUAUGAAACCCGCCGAGAAGGAGGAUCUACAACGCAGCCUCGAGAAUCGAUUGCGGAACAUCAAUCAAGUGCUUAAUGGCAAUCGACGCAAAUACACACAUCGAAUGCGUAUUCGCUCCACGGUGCAGGCCAAGAAGAGAUCACGUCUCGAGGCCAAAGCCGUAUCCGGAUCCGGAUGCGGAUCCGGCAAGAGCUUCCAAGCUGUUGGCGCUGGUACCUCCAAGCAGCGAGUCGCAGAUAACAGCAGCGAUAGCGACUCCAGUGACUCCUCCGACUCCUCCAGCAGCGACAGCGACUCGAGCAGCGACAGCAGCGACUCCUCCAGCGAUAGCAAAGAAUCCAAUGUGCUGGAUUGAGCCUAAGACAAAUUCGCAAUUUGCAUAAUCAUUUUCCAAAAAUAAAGUCCGAUCACAGCGAAGGAAAAACACA